AAGAGCGAGAGCGACGUGGUCGAGAGGGGCCGCCCGAGGGUAUAACCAAACCAGGUGGGGAGGGAACCUUCUCUUCCUCCUCCUCCUCCUCCUCCUCCUUGAUUUGCUCGCUUCUCUCCGAUGAGUUCUCCCACGCUACCCUCCAGCUCCGGAGCCCCUGGAUCCGCCGAUUCUUCUGCUGUCCGCCGGAAUUCCAAGCGUCCUAAGUACUCAAAGUUUACCCAACAGGAGCUUCCUGCUUGCAAGCCGAUCCUCACACCCAGAUGGGUGAUUUCAGCAUUUAUGCUGGUUAGCAUCGUUUUCAUUCCCAUCGGAGUUGCCUCUUUGUUUGCUUCCCGUGAUGUUGUCGAGAUAAUUGAUCGGUACGACAUUGACUGCAUACCAGCAUCCAAUAGAACGGAUAAAGUCCAGUACAUACAGAGCCCUGGGGACAAAACCUGCAUCAGGACAUUGAAAGUGCCUAAGCAUAUGAAGCAUCCUAUUUACGUAUACUACCAGCUGGAUAACUUCUACCAGAAUCAUCGCAGGUAUGUGAAGAGUCGAAGUGAUCAGCAGUUAAGGGAUAACAGCAGUGCAAGUGAUGUUGGUGACUGUAAACCGGAAGAUAUGAUUAAUGGCUCAUAUAUCGUUCCCUGUGGUCUCAUAGCCUGGAGCUUAUUCAACGACACCUAUAGUUUCUCGAUCAAUAGUUCGCAGAACUUGACAGUGAAUAAGAAGGGUAUCUCAUGGAAGAGUGAUAGGGAACAUAAAUUUGGUAAAGAUGUUUACCCGAAGAACUUUCAAAGUGGAGGUCUGAUAGGUGGAGCAACACUUGAUCCAUCAAUUCCCUUGAGUGAGCAGGAGGCCCUCAUUGUAUGGAUGAGAACUGCAGCUCUUCCUACUUUCAGGAAAUUAUAUGGGAAGAUAGAGCAAGAUCUAGAGGAGAAUGAUACGAUACGAGUGACACUGGGGAAUUACUACAACACAUACAGUUUUAAUGGAAAAAAGAAGCUUGUGCUUUCCACCACAAGCUGGCUCGGAGGAAAGAACGAUUUUCUUGGCAUUGCUUACCUGACUGUGGGUGGACUGUGCUUUUUCUUGGCCAUGGCUUUCACCAUCGUAUACCUUGUGAAGCCAAGGCAACUGGGAGAUCCUUCGUACUUGUCUUGGAACCGGAACCCAGGAUGGCACUAAGCAAUCAAAUGGAUUUCUUGAUGGCCUGUGGUUUGAUGCUUCACGGCUGUUUAUGUAGUUUUGUGUAUCAAAAAUCUUCAAGUAAUCUAUUUUUUUUUAUUUGUUAUUGUGGUUGAAAAGCAGUUGAAUAUGAGAUGUUAGAUCUUUGUAUAACAGCUAGACGAUCUGUACCUAACUCAAAGGCUCGUUCUUAUUAAUGACUUCCAUAGUACAGUGAUUGGAAUAAUGCUGAACUGGAGGGAGGAACCUAUGAAGUACGUCACCUGUAGUUCUUCGUUGGCCA